CUCUCUAUCUCUUCCUCUUACGCCCACUCCCAUCACGACUGUUGGCAGCCCUAGGUGGAUGGCCGCCGUUGAUGCCAAUGCCGACGGCGCUGUCGACCUGCUCAUCGGCGGAUCGCUUGCCACCGCUGUCCUCGUCCAUCCCGCCAACGCGCCGGUCCUGCUCGACUCGCUCCCUGGCGGCAUCCGCCUCCACAUUGUCGGUAACUUUCGCGCUGCCACCGCCGCCGUCGACCUCGCCUUUGCCACAGCUACGCCCAACACAGUUUACGUCGCGCUUGCCAAUCCAAGCUCGGUCGCCCUCCAGCACGCGUAUCUCCCGCCUACAGCCCACGUCGUUUCGGCAAACCCGGUUGCGCUCACCGCUGGGCAAUACGACAGCAAUGCGCUUGUCGAUAUCGUCGUUGCCCUCGACUCGGGAGACGUCGUCGUCCUCGCCGAUGGCGCAACAGGUGCUACAUCUGUCCUCGCCAACUCACUCCCGUCCAUCGUCGCGCUCCAUCUCUUCGCCACAGAAGCUGAUGGCGGCAUGCUUCUUGUUUCUACUCUCACUGGCUACGUCUGGCUCUCACCGCUCGGCCGCUACCCGUUUGAUGCGCCGUCAGCAGCCGCAGCCGCCAGUCUCGGCAUUGGCGAUCUCUCCGGCAACGGCGCACCCGACAUCAUCACCGCAUCUCCGACAGCCCUCGCCCUCUCGCGCGGCGUCCUAGUUCUUGGGGCGGUCGACUUUGCCCAGCCAAGCCACUUGCCCGAGUGCGGCGGCGUUCCGCACUCACUGGUCUGCAUUUCGGCCCGUGCCGCGGCAUCGCCCACCGGCGCAACCGUCACCGUCGCGCCUCCACCUCCCGGACAUCAUCACCCCAGUCCCUGUCCUGUCGAUGCCCACCACACCAUUACCCGCGACAUGACGUUGGCUGGUGGCAUCAUCCUUUGCGGGAGCCAUGGCAGUGCUAUCUUCCGUGUCGCCUCGCCGGCACAUCUCACGCUUCGGGAUAUGUCGCUCGAGACCACCUCGACCACUCCAGCUUCUGCCAUUGUCGUCGACUUGGGCGCAUCCCUCUCUCUUACCAACACGUCCAUCACUGGCUUCUCUGCCCAUUCUGGCGCCGCGAUUGCCGCAUCAGGCACCGUGUCAGCCGACGCCUCAACCUUUGCCUCGUGCACCGCGCAGCAGUUUGGAGGCGCCGUCGCGCUGGACCACGGCGCCGAUGCGAGCUUUGUCGACUCGGCCUUUGUGGCCAACACCGUUACCGACGCCCCGCAGUCGUAUGCUUCGGGCGGAGGUGCCAUUGGUGUGUUUGAAGCUGGAUCACUUGCUUGCACCCACUGCACCUUUGACCGCAAUGCUGCCACCGGGCUCGGUGCCGCUGGCGGCGCAAUCGCCGUGCGCGCCGCCACCGCCACCACUGUCGUCAUCACCGACUCGACCUUUACCUCCAACUCUGCGCCCGAAGGCUAUGGCGGCGCACUCCACGUCGACCUGGCCUCAGUCUCCGCCACUGUGCUCGUACUCCGCUCGGCGUUUACCGACUCGUCGGCCGUCUUUGGCGGCACGUUUGCGGCGGCCGCCACAGGUGCACUCUCUCACUCAUUUCCUGGCCAUGUUGCGCCGGUCCUUCCGCCGCCUUCAUCCCUCGCCUCGCUCUCGCCAUCAUCGCCCAUCAUCGCUCUUGCCAAUUCGUCAAUCGGCUCGUCGGCCGCGCGCUACGGCGGCAUCGCCCUCUCGUGUGGCGUCGUAGUUGACCUCGCCUCGGCCAACCUCACCUCGGCAGUAGCUCGCUACAGCCAAGCUGGUGGUGUGUGGUACCAAUGCCUUCCACUCUCGGCCACGCUUGCUGUCCGCACCGCCUCACUCCCGGCCACAGAUCCGAUUCCAACCUCGCCGCUGGCGUACGGCCCGAUCUCAGCCUCGCCAGCCGCAUCGCUGACCUGGUCGCGAGCCGGCGCAGCCCUUGUCGCGCCAUCAGGAGUCGGGCUCGGCGACGAUGGUGGCACCAUCGUGCUAUCCGACGCCUUUGGUCAGCUCGUCACUGACAACGCACUCACUCUCUCAGUUGGUGUUGCGUCGUCGUCAGUUGCCGCCAUCGACGCUUCGGUCAGCUGGGACCCCAUCGCCAAUGGCUACCUGCUCAGCAGCGCUGGCCUGCAGUUGGUGGGUGGCGUGUGGCCGGCCAGUGUCGGACACUCGUUCGACCUGGUCAUCUCGCUCCCGUCCGGUGCCUCCAUCGCCCUCUCUGUCACCAUCACAAACUGCCCACCCGGCCGUGGCGCAUCGUCGACCGACACUACCCGCCCGCUGGUCUGUCAGCUCUGCCCCGACGGGACCGAGUCGAACGACGCCUCACUCGCUCCAUGCUCCGCCAUUCCAACUUGCUCCGGUACCGGCUUUCCCAUCGACGGCGUCUGCGUGCUCUGCCCAAGCAACACCAUCCGGGUCGCGGCCACCAACGCCUCGGCAUCGUCAGCUCCGCCGUGCGUCUGCGCGCGCGGAUUCUGGAACGCCGCCAACGCCGCCAAUACGCCGUGUGAGGCCUGCCCGCGCGGCGCCAUCUGCCCAGGUGGCACGGGCCCUUCUGCUUCCCCCUAUGCUCGCCCAGGCUUUUACCGAGUUGCGUCUGGGGCAUUUGCCGAGUGUGUGGUGGCCGACGCCUGCAUCGGCUCGUCGAUCUGUGGCCCAAACUACGCACCUGACUCGCUGCUGUGCAAGGACUGUGCCACUGGCGCGUAUCGGCAGCAGGACGGAUCAUGCAAGUCCUGUCCUAACGCGGCCAGCUCGCUCAUUGCACUCCUUGCUGCCGCUGUAGCACUGGCCGCAGUCGCCGCUGCAGUCUGUGGCGUCCUCGCCGUACGCCGCUUUAGCAACCGCGCUUCCGGCUCCGGAGACGACCAGGCCAAGUCCGGGCUCCGCACCCCGCACUCUCUCUCACUAGCCAUUAUCUUUUUGCAGGUCCUGGGCAUCCUUGCUCGUGCUCCGCUCAACUGGCCUCAGCCGCCGGUCAAGCAAGUGCUCGAGGCCGCCAACGUGGCCAACAUCGACAUCACCUUCUUUGCUGCCGACUGUUCGGUUCCCUCGUUUGCCAUCCGCUACGUCAUGGCCAUGCUCUUUCCGCUCGUCUUUGCCCUCAUCUUGCUCGCCCUCCUGCUUAUGGCACGCGCGCGGCUCCGCGCCGCUCAGGUGAGCAUCGGCGACGUCGCCGCCUGGGCAACAUCUUCGUUUGGCCCACUCGUGUACAUCCCGCUCUCGCGCGCCGCGCUCAUUUUCUUUGACUGCUCGCGCUAUCCCAACGGCCGAUGGUACCUCGAUGCCGAGCCGAGCCUCGAGUGCUUUGCCACCACGUGGCUCGCCACGCUGCCGUUGGCGCUGGUCGGUGUGGGCGUCUACGUCGUCGCUCUCCCAGCAUUCUACUCGGUCGCUCUACACAAGUGGCGCCACGCACUGGCGUCGCCGCUGGUCCAGCUCCGGUACGGAUCGCUGUACUCGGUCUUUCGCCAUCGCCACUACUACGCCGGCGUCCCAGUCAUGAUCAAGCGGCUGCUCAUUGUAGUCUUUUCUGUCUUUGCCUCGAACGCCCAGUCGGUUCUCUUCUCGGGUCUCCUCGCCGUCUUUAUUACCUCGAUGCUGUUGCUUUCCAAGCACGCCCCGUACCGCUACCAUCUACUCAACACCAUCGAGAUCACCCUCGACUGCUGCAUCGUUGCCCUGCUCGUGGGCGGCCUCCUGUUCUGGAUCGACGAGUUCCCCAACACUGCCACCUUUGUCAUUUUCGUCGUCAUCGUCCUCGCAGUCAUCGCCUUUGCGCUUCUCACCCUCGCCAUCGGCUUCCUUCGCGAGUUGCACCACAACGCGACCGUGCCAUCCCGCAUCCAACCGGACCUCGCCGACAGCGACGCCGAUCUACUUGCCAUUGUCUCCGGUCGGCUCUCCAAGCUAUCGUCCGAGGCGCGGAGCCAGCUGCUUACCGCCAUCGGCGCCUCUGUUGCCUCUGCCACUGACGAGCACUCCAGCACCACCUCUGUCGCCCUGCAUCUCGAGCCGCUGCCCACAUCGCGAACGCUCGCUGUCUUUGCCUGCCAUCUCUGUAUCGUCUACCUCCACUCGCUGCUGCUGGCCAUGAACGAAGCGCGGCCGGCGUGCGCGACGACGCCUCCGCUCGCCGACUGGAUCCACCAGCCGCCGAUACCUGUGCUGGCUAGCCUCACCGCCCCUCUCUACCGCCACAUCGAUCCGGACAAGCUGCUGAUGCUCAUGACCUGGGUGGUGAUCGCUGUCUUUGUCGUCCACCCGGAUCGGUUUCUCCUCCUCCGUCGGCUGCUUGUUCUCCAUGCCACACUCUCGCUCAUCCGCGGCGUUCUCAUCUCGCUCACCACGCUCCCAUCGCCGCAUCCCGGUUGCCGCGGUCGGGUGGUCGACGACAGCUUUGCCCGCGCCGCAGAGCGCGCCGCCGCGCUCACGCUGCGCAUCAUGGAGAUCCCGCCGCAGCUGCUCGGCCUGCGCUAUGGGUACGAGCAGACAUGCUGCGAUCUCAUCAUUUCCGGCCACACCUGCGUGCUCUCGGCCAACGUUAUGGUUCUCGACACCGCGCUCUCGGCCCGCUGGCUCCGCCCGGUCCUCGCUGGUGCCACCGCACUCAUCGCCCUGCUCCUCAUCUACCCGACCCGCCACUACUCUAUCGACGUUAUUAUCACCCUCUAUCUGGCCGCCUCUCUCGUCUUUAUCUACAUCACCCUCGCCGCCAAGGUCCGCACAUGCGUCCGCCGUGGCGCGCACUGUCGCUGCGGGCCCUGGAUCCAUGCUGCGCUGAGCUUCCUGGAGCAGCCCGAGGUCUUUGCCACGCCGCCGGCCAGGCUCCGAUUGAGCCUUCCGCGGCAGCUCCGGCUGUGA